AUGAUCAGGCGAACAGCUUCAGUGACAACAUCGAAUUUUAUCUGGCAGGAUGGGUAUAUUUACUGGGACGAUGAAGAUACCGAGAACCGUAACGAUAAAUGGGGCAUUCUGCCAGAUGGGAUUUAUAACGGAAACACUCGCAUCAGUUACUGCUGCAGAAACGAUGGGCCGAGUAGCACGGCAAUUCUGUUACCGACAGACAGUCCGUUCGUCCUGAUGCGCUUCGGAGGCACAUGCCAGUCGGUGCAAGGAAUGAGCGUGCGGGACUUGUACAUUCGCUGGGAUGACGAGGAUGAGGACAACUCCGAUUCAGCCGUCGGAAUGCAUCCAGACGACACUGGCCCUUAUAAUAAUCACGAGUUGCAUUUCUGUUACUACAACUAAUGGGGUCACGGGUUUAUCAUAGGAUAAUACUUGACAUAGUUGGCAUUUGACUCACAGGGUGUUUGUGAAAGACCAAAACCUGAUUGUAUGACCGCAUGUAUCCUCUUCACAUUUUGAUUAACAAA